UCCGCUUGUCAACAUAACAGAUUAAAUUAUUACAAUUAUUUAUUUAUAUUUCAAUAGUUAAUUUUGCUAUUAAUUUUAUUAUUUAGUAAAUAUGGCAGUCCCUAAACCUAAACAGCCGCUUGUUUUGAACGAACUUUUAAUACAGAAUGUUAAUACUUGGGGUAAUGUGCAGUAUAAUAUACCUCUGCGACUUUCCAGUAAUGAGACCAGGACAGGCACAAGUAUUGCACUUAGGCACAUACCUGCUAUAUCGCAGAGCCUGGAUUGUAAAAUCACAGAGCCGCUUCCAAAGCGAGCUACAGGUCGUGACAUGGUGGUGGAAAAGGAAUCGUAUAAAACAACAACUGGCGAAUACUGUGUGAAGCCAAACCCUAACAAAGCCAUGGAGCGAUCUGAUUGUGCCAUCAACUGCAAAAGAGUUGGCUUCAUGACUGGAGUUGAAAAACGGUUACAAGCGAAAAAUAUAACACAACCGUUAAUGAUAUCAGAAAUGAAAGACAACUUUAGGGGCCUGGUGAAAUCACCAUUGGCUCCACCAGAAAUUGAAAUUAGAGCUCCUGAUCCUGAAUUUAUUUUUGAUGCCGUAGCAGCAGGAAGAAAUGAAGCCCCAGUGAUAUUUGACAGUGCUGGAGGUGGUUAUAGGAAGUUACUUGAUCCCUACGUGUCGACAUACAGAACGUACCAUAGACCGUUCACUGCGGACGAUCAGUAUGGUAUUGGCGCUAAGGACCAUAUCACUUUCUAUUCGGAAUCUAAUACUCCUAAGAUCAAAGGUUUUGGACCAAGACACAAGGAAAUAUGGAUGCCCUUGACAGGAAAAGUUCAUAGAGGCGUGUAUGAUAGGAUCCAUGUCAAAAAGGAAUACAAGGAGGUGGCUGCUAGUCAUAAUCCAGUCAAUAAUUUGAAAGGAGUUUUCGUAUCGGAAACAAAGAAGAAGUUCACCACGCCCUUCGCGAUAUCGUCUCUUGCAUCCUGGGAUCACGGAGAAGUAUUUGACUUGGCUCCAUUCCCUCCGAAUCCUUACCAGACGAACAUAGCACCUUUCAUGUACUGCAGUGACUACUGCCAUAUCGCCCAAGGAACUCCCCCUUAUACAGUCAUAGAUCAAUUCACCCACAACUUGCCAGUACAUAAAAAAUGCGUCCAAAGAUACAUCGUGUCAAGGGAUUUUGAAGUUUGAUAAUAUAAAUAAAAGAUUUUGAAUAAA